UCCGCUCUCCCAAUCGCCGCGAUUCGCGAGCGAGAUCGCAGCUCGAGGCAGGAGGAGGAUGAAGAGGAGGAGGAGAUGAUGAUGGUGAUGACGGAGAUGAUGGUGAUGGAGGUGGUGGUGGUGGUGCCGGGUUGAGAAGAACACAGCAAGAGUCCUCCGCUGCAGUGGCUCCCGUGAUGAGCGGAAUGGGAGGCCGUCUGCUCGACUACCUCGUGGUGUGCGGCCUCGACACCAACACGGGGCUGGAGCCGGACGACCUCUCCGGAGAGAACUUCGAGUGCACCCCGCUGCGCCGCACCUUCAAGGCCAAGGUGCUGGCUCACUACCCCCAGGCAGUCGACUGGAACCCCUUCGAUGGAGACGCCGUGGGCAUGCUGUGCAUGCCGAAGGGGCUGUCGUUCCGGACGCAGACGGACGACCGCACGCCACACUUCCACUCGUUCCUCAUCACCCGCGAGGACGGCACGCGCACCUACGCCUUCGCGCUCACCUUUUACGAGGAGGUCACGUGCCGCUCCAUCUGCCACGCCAUGCACACGCUCUACGCCAUGCACAACGCGCAGAGCGGCGACGGCGGCGGCGGCGGCGGCAUCGCCACGUUCGCGAUCCCGGAAUCGCCGGACAGCCCCGGGGUCGCCGCGGGACACUUCCCCGCGGAGACGCCGCCGGCAGAGCGGAGGGGGCGGCACGGCGGUGGGGGGGGCGCCCCGAUCGGCGGCGGCGGCGGGGGGCGGCGGCUGCUGCAGCGCUUCAACUCGUACGAGAUCGGCUGCGACACGCUCUACGUCUCCAAAGCGCUGUGCCUCAUCACGCCGCUCCCCUUCGCUCAGGCCUGCCGCAAGGUGCUGCUGCAGCUGCACCGCGCGGUGACGUCGCCGCGGCCGCCCCCGCUGCCGCUGGAGAGCUACGUGUACAACCUCCUGUACGAGGUGCCGCUGCCUCCGCCGGGCCGCUCGCUGCGUUUCGCCGGCGUGCAGGGCCCCCUGGUCGUGUGCCAGCGGCCCGGCGCCGCCGAGCUGCCGCUGCUGGACCACGCGCUGCGCGAGCUCGUCGAGCUGCUCGGCCUCGACAACGUGCUGCAGCUGUUCACGUGCGCGCUGCUCGAGAUACAGAUCCUGCUCUACUCCAACGACUACCAGCAACUGAUGCUGGUGGCGGAGUGCGUGACGGCGCUGCUCUUCCCGUUCGCGUGGCAGCACGUCUACGUGCCCAUCCUCCCCGCGUCGCUGCUCUACUUCCUGGAGGCGCCCGUGCCCUAUCUCAUGGGGCUGCACGCGGAGAGCCACGAUGACUGCUGCCUCCCGGAGCUGCCCAACGAGGCCAACCUAUGUUUCGUGGACAUCACCAACCACCGGGUGGACGUCCCCGAGGACCUGCCGCUCUUCCCGCACAGAGCGGAGCUCGUGGCCGAGCUGGCCGCCGUCCUCGCCGCGUUCCGCGUGCCGCCGGAUCCGCCGCCGCCGCCCGUCGCCGGGGGCGGCCGCGCCAUCCGCCGCGGCGGCAAACCCCUCGCGGCGACCGCCCCCGCCGGCGGCGGCGUCGCCGACCCGGCCCCCGCCCCCUCCCGCAACUUCGCGGCGGACCCGGACCCCGCCGACGGCGCCGCCCUCCGGCGAGGGGGCGCCGAGCCGGCGCGGCGACGUCGGCCGCGCGACGACGAGGCCAACGGCAACGGCCCCGCGGCGGCGGCGGUGCGGGACGGCCCGGAGCGGCUCACGAGGAUACAGGCGCUGGCGCGCCGCGCGGGCAUCGGCCUGCCGGCCGCCGCCGCCGCCGACUCGGCCGACGUCGCGGCCGUGCCGGAACCGGGCGACGGGACGGGGCGUCCGCGGGACACGGAGAGCAGGGCGGGAGAGGAGCGGCCGGCGGCGGCGGCGGCGGAGGAGGCGGUGAGGGCGAGCGGGCUGAGCGAGCGGGAGGUGGACGACCUGCGGCUGAACGCUCACCUCCGGGAGGCGUUCGCCAACCGCUUCACGCACAUGUUCGCCGACUACGAGGUGUUCGUCAUCGCGCCCGCCGGCCAGGAGAUGGAGGCCUGGCUCGGCAGCAGCCGCGAGCAGACGCAGAACUUCGACAAGGCGUCGUUCCUGUCGGACCAGCCCGAGCCGUACCUGCCCUUCCUGUCGCGCUUCCUCGAGACGCAGAUGUUCGCCUCCUUCAUCGACGCCAAGAUCCUGUCCCAGUGGGACGAGAAGGACCCGGCGCUGGCCGUGUUCGACGCGCGCGUGGAGAAGACGCGCCAGCUGCACGUGCGCACGCCCACCCUGCGCACCUCCACGUACCUGCGCAGCACGUCCGGCGAGGAGGCCGAGCUGGCCGUGCUGUCGCGCCUGGCGCGGAUCGACCACACCGCCGUGCGUCCCCACCUGCUCGACAUGCGCAUCGGCCAGGGCAAGUACGAGCCAGGCUUCUUCCCCAAGCUGCAGGCCGACAUCCUGGCCACCGGGCCCCCCGGGAACAAGUGGGUGAAGAGAGCGAGCAAAGCUCCGUGGCUGAGGCGGGAUCACCUGCGGCAAAACUCGGAGCACCAGCAACUGGACAACGAGCAGCCGCUGCUCGCUGCAGCCGCCGUCACGGAGAUGAGCCCGGGCCUGGACGCGCUGGCGCUGCCCGGGUGGCGCGUGGUCAAGCGUCCGAGGCCCCCGCGCAAAUCCAUGUCCGAGUGCAACCUGAAGUUCUUAGCCGACGGCCGAGGCCUGGGCAAGGGCGGCGUUCGGCAGCCCAAGCUGGCCGACCUCUCCCCUUCGGUGUUCGCCAAGACCAACCUUAAGUUUGUGGAGGGCCUGCUCAAGGAGUGCCGCACCAAGACCAAGCGCAUGCUGGUGGAGAAGAUGGGCCAGGAGGCCGUGGAGCUGGGCCACGGCGAGGUGACGCUCACCGGCGUGGAAGAGAACACGCUCAUCGCCAGCCUCUGCGACCUCCUCGAGCGAAUCUGGUCACACGGGCUCCUGGCCAAGCAGGGAAAGUCUGCGCUGUGGUCCCACCUGCUGAGCUGCCAGGAGAAGGAGGAGGAGAAGAAGGAGGCCGCGUUUGAGAGCGCCGUCCCUCUGGAUGCCACCAUCCUGAGCUGUGAUUGGUGGGUUUUCCCAGGGAUCGCGGCCAAUCAGGAGAGGAGACGGUCCGACGGGGGCCUCAUUAUGCCCCCACUCAAAGCCUCUCUAACGCAAGACAUGAGGCACAUUCAGAACAUCGCAGAGAUUCGCACGGACGUGGGGCGAGCGCGUGCCUGGGUCCGCCUCUCCAUGGAGAAGAAGCUGCUCUCCCGGCACCUGAAGCAGCUGCUGUCGGAUGAGGACCUCUCAGGCCGCCUCUACAAGCCGUACGCCUUCCUGCACAUGGAGGACGAGAAGGAGCAGUUCCUGUACCACCUGCUCACGCUCAACGCCGUCGACUACUACUGCUUCACCAACGCCUUCUCCACCGUCGUGAUGCGCUACCGCGUGCUCAUCGUGCCGAGCCGAAAGGUGGGGCCCUCCGUGACGACGGCGAACCCGUGGGUGUGCGUGGGCGGUGACCUGGGCGACACGGGCGUCCUGCUCGUGCCCCGCAGCUCUCUGGAGCUCGCCUUCGAGUGCGUGAACUUAGGCCGCCUCACCACGGUGCAGAUCGGCCACGACAACGCGGGGCUGCUCACCAAGUGGCUGGUGGAGUGCGUCAUGGUGCGGAACGAGAUCACGGGGCACCUGUACAGGUUCCCGUGCGGCCGCUGGAUUGGCCGCGGCGUGGACGACGGAAGCCUCGAGCGCAUCCUGGUGGGCGAGGUGGUGACGGCCGCGGCGGCGGCGGCGACGACGGGGGGUGGCGGGGGCCGGGCCGGCGGGAGGGCCGCGGGGGCCGCCCGGGGGGACGAGCGGCACCGCGGAAGCCGCGGCGCGGCGCCCUGCGCCCGCUCGCCGGCGCUCGCCCGACGGGGCCCGGCCUCGUCCGCUGGCUCCUCCGCCGCCUGCGCCAACGCGGCCGCCAACGGGUCCUGCGCCGGCGGCGCCAAGAUGAUCCCAGAGCAGAUCCAGGAAGGGGUGGGUGAAGCCGUCAACAACCUGGUGAAGCAUUUCCACAAGCCUGAGAAAGAGCGUGGGUCCCUGACACUGCUGCUGUGUGGAGAGGGAGGCCUCGUGUGGGCGCUGGGGCACGUGUUCCAGCACGGCCUACGCUCCCCACGCCUCUUCCAGAAGCCUGUCUUCGUCUGGGACUUUGUGGAGAGGGUGGCCUCGCACCUGGAAGAGACCGCGGAGGGCACAGCGGCCGCAACGACGCUCCUCCGGCACGGCGGUGGCUCGGAGCGGCCGCUCCUGGCGGCGACUCCGGCCCCGCCGCUGCCCGCGCCGGAGCCGGACGCGGAUCUCCGGCGGGGAGAGGGGCCGAGCCGGGAGGUGCAGGCGCGACGCGCCCUCUGCUCGCUCGUGCGCGCCAUCAACGGGGCGCCGCGACACAUCGGCAAGGAUGGCAAGUUCCAGCUGCUCGUGUGCUUCGGAGCCCGGGAGCAACUGCUGCACAGCUGGCUCUCGCUGCUCACCAGCUCCCCCGUGCUGCAGCAGAUGUACGAGGACGUCGCCCUGCUGCGCGACGCGAGGCUGGUGAGCGACCUGGAGCGGCUCCUGCAGGCCCUGCUCGGCUUCCCCAUCAGCCUGGAGUCGUCGCUCGUCAAGGGCAUCGACACGUGACCUCCGCCGGACGUCGCCGCGUGACCCUGGCCGCGCCGGGCCCACCAUCGUUGACCUCCGACCACCAGCGCGACGAUGACGACGAAGGUAGUCCCGGAGGAAUCGUCAUCGUCGCCGCUGCCGUUCCUCUGCCGUCUUCGACACCGGAGGUCCAAGUGCGCGGACCCCUGUCAAUCCGCUGGAGCUGUCCGACCGUAAACCUCAACGUUUGUCUGCAAGUCUCCCCCCCCCCCCCUCCCCCCGACGUCCAAACUGCUUCAACGCCAGUCUUUGUUCGCAGCCCUCCAGGGUUGAGGACUGUCAUCCGUCAGGUCAUCUGAUGAGUUCAUCCGUAGACGACGGAGUAUCUUCAAGUUGUCUCCACCCCUGUGCCGUUUUGUUUUCAACUCGCCUCCAUGUAUUUGCUGUCCUCAACACCAGCAUUAGUUCGUGAGCAUCGCCCACCCCCCCCCCCCCCCCCCCCGCUUUCCCGUUCGUAUAUCUGUGACCUCUUAAGUCAUCGCCGAUCCAAGACUUAAACUGAAUGACCAACAGGACCAACUGUCCUCACCAGCAGACUUAUCAGUGCCCUCCAGUCAUCAUCCCAACUCCGAUACAGUCUUCAGUGUCAGCUGUGGUUCACGAUCCCCAAAGUGUAAGGCCUGUGAUCGGCUUCGGUUGACGUCAAAGAUAGAUUAAGUCCUCAUUUAACAUGGCAGAGUAAAGUGCCGCUUUAACCAACAACAACAAAAAACCCGUUAAACAAAACAAUUUCCCCAUGAAUAAGGUAACUAUGAAGUUUGACGAGAUACGAUGUACUUCUACUACUACUACUCGCGGUAACGCCGCCGCGUUACCGUAUCACUCCGCGUAUGGUAUCACUGCACCGCUCAGCCGUGCAGCUCAAGUAGUUCGUCGUCGACCACUCAGAAACCGCGUUACUGUAACCGCGCACCUUCCGCGCUAUAACAGUGCACGUUCCACAUUGUGCAAAGUGUUCCCGAAUGGAAGGAACCGUGUCGUAGCGAAAACGUGUUGUGUGAACACGCGUUAAGCGAGGACUUACCAUGUACUCUUCAAGUCUACUUCGCCCAUACGUUGCCUUCAACAAUAACUUCGCUUCAUAAUCUCUCAGUGUUAAGCUUGUGUUCUCUGAGCCGCUGGCAAUAGAUUCAAGAAUAUUUUUCAUCGUUGCUGAUUUGCUUUCGUAACGGUGAUGUGCUACGUCUACGAAUCGAACGCCGAUGAACUCUUCCGAGCUGCCCGAAUUGACCCGCAGAUCGAUUGAGUGCCCUCAAGUCAUCGCCACUGCUCGGUAUAUCAACCUUGGUGCUUUGAUCUCCCCACGACACCGUCAAACAACUCGGUAUGCCCACAUGGGCCGAGUGUCUUCACUUCAACGUCAAUUUCCAAUCACCCGUCUGCAGCUGUCCAGAUCUGCUCGGCCUCCUGAUUUCACCAGCAGAUAGAUAAGCGCUCUCAAAUCAUCUACGCUCCCUUCGCUGUCACCAUUGCCAACCGUGGUUCAUGAUCACCAAAGAGUAAGGUCGCGUGACUUAACCUCCUAAUACACUCUAACCUGCUCACCAGCAGGCCAAUGCGCGUUUCCAUGUCGUCUCCGCACUGUGCACGCGGUCGACGUUCGUUUGUCACGUACGUACGCGUGUCGAACUUCUUUCGCGCUGUACAUAGCCAACUCAUGGGAGGUGCGGUGGGGGGAGAAAAGUCCACAGCAACGCGAGCCUUUGGCCACUCAAGAUACCAGACCUGCAGAUUGAACGGCGAGUCUUCACGUCAACUUCCACUGUGGCUGUCACGUCAAACGGCAACAUCGUCCUGUCAUCCCCAGGCUACCUGCUGACCCACUUAACCUGUGCACAACCAGACGAACUGCACCCUCGCUAAUUAUUUCCUCUUGCGGUGUUCAACGGUCUGGGUUUCGCCCUGGAAAGUGCAGGCGUUUACCUCUUGUUGUUUAUAAUCGCGGGACGGGACAAAAACAAAGCAGACGAUGCAAUGUCUGCUUUUGGCCUCUUGGACAAUGGCGCUGCCGGUGAAUCUGUGUCGGCGCCCGGUGCACUCGAUAGCACGAGGAGCCCCUGCUGCGUCUACUCCCGCAGCAGUCGUCCGCGUCUCGUGCGUCCAGUCCGCGAGGUUGUCAUCUCGUGCGGCCCGUCUCGUGAUCUCGGCUGCCGCACCAACCGCACCGACACGUCUGCCGUGCGCCGUCCAUGUGACGACGUCUCCGUUGUCCCGGAUGUUUUUUACGUGAUCCUUUUAGACGUUUCGGAUGAGUGCCCCCCCCCCCCAUGUUAUAAAUAGCAGCGCUUGAUGGACUUCUAAACCCAUUUUUCGUAAACAGAAAAAAGAACUGUUCUUUCGCCUUUUUGGGCAGCGGGACCUUUUCUAUCCGAAAACGUUGCGAACUGUCUAAAGGGGUAACCGUUGUGAUUCCUGCAGUCACGCAAAUCGAUGCCCCUCAAGUUUUAGCGUGAACCAUUGCGCAGGGCGAGUGUACCGUCUGUUCCCAGACACGCGUGUUGUAUGCUGUCGGUUUGCGAACGAAACAAAACCAAACCAGACGGUGACAUCCCAGCGCGGAGCGGAGAAUUUUUAUACGAACGUUUGCAUUUCUCUAUCUUUCUUGUUUGUUUUGUACACAAAUUAACGAGCAUACGCCAUUCGUGAUACAAAGUCGAUUUCCCGUGCAGACGACGACGACGGCGGCGGCAGUGUGCGUGGGUUUUUUUGGCCUCUCGCACGGCGGCGUUUGCCCUGCGGGAGGGGAGGGGGGGGGGGAUCUGCCUGCGUCUGGCCGAAAUUGCGGCGUCGCCAUCCCCCCCGCUCCUCCUCUUCGUGGGCGCGCCGAGACUCGCCGCGGUCGCAUGCGGCGAGUCCAUCAUCCCACCCCCUUGCCCAGUUCUUAGAUUCUUUCACAAGCUCGUUCCAUGCCCAAAUCGUAACAGGAGCGAGUAAAGGGGCAGGCCUGCAAUUUGCUCGCGUGAGGCACUGCCGGAAGGAGGGCCUCCACUGGAGAUGAGACUCUGGAAGAGCCUCUCUAACGGGAGUACCCACACUUGUGGGAGCACCCACCCUUUACCCCACCACACGCUGCCCCUCGAUCGGCUAACAAUGAACCCAUUUCAAUUGCUGGGUGGACAGAGGACGGGAGGAUUUAAGAAUAUUAGCGCCAUUGUUCCAACAUACAUGUGCAUACAAAUGUAUGUACAUGUAUGUUGAGGUUCAAUAGGAAUGUUAGUGGCCAUGUAGAGCAUACAAUGGCGAAGUAUGUAUGUAUGUUGAACUUCUUUCGCACCAUACGUAGCCAACUGUGCUAACCGGAGGUGCGGGGGAAGAACAACAAACUAAACACCAAAAGCAGUUAUAAAGAAAUGAGUUUUCAAUCUGGAUGAUUUAAAAGUGCAUCAUAGCUUCAGCGGGUUCCUAAUAUCGGAAGGAAGAGCGUUCCAGACGGCCGCAGAAGAGCAACUAAAAGUGCCCGAUGCGGUGACCGUCUUUGUCUGAUGGCUGGCCGCGAGGAUGACCAAGGUUCGCUGGGUUGAUUUACACACCUUGACGAUAAAAACUAAACUUAUAAUAAUUUCGUUUGUGAUGUGAAUUUACCCGGAGAAGCAUCACGAUUUUCAGAAGCCUUGCAAUGAGGUUCCUGUAUUGGAGCACUUGUCAGAUGUAUAUAUGAUGUGGAAGGAACCUCUCUUGGUGCUUUUUACAUGGAACCUCUUCAAGUGCAGGACACCCCGUCCGUUGCCAUUGUAAGGUUUGAAUUGCCACCCAGAUGGACUCUCUUGUCUUGCUUCAGAAUCCACAACACGCUUCAAUUAAUUGCUAAUCGAGAAACUUGUUUUCCCUGCAAAGUGAUUCUUUAACUUUGGAACCACGUGGGAGGCACCAGGAGCCAUGUCUGCGGAUUUUCUUCAUAUUUUUCUAAUUUUUUCUACAAUAUUUCUCUUAGGAUUUGUCAAAUUUCUACAUUUUUCUGAUUAAUAAUCGACUCAAAUCGAGGAAUGGCUCAAACUCUGGCUCUUAUUCGUUCUGUUAGAGGAUAGGGUAACUAUCCCUUUCAGAAUCCUUCAACCGUUGAUUCUCAUACGCGCACGAUUUGAUGCAUGCAAUGUGAAUGUAAUAUUUUGAUUGGAUCGUCACAUGCCCAAACGUCAUAGCGUGGACAUUGAUCUCUUGUUGCAAAAAUUGUCUAAAUAUUUUGACCGUGGCGUUUUUACGAUUACACCGUAUUCACGCAAUACAGAAAUAAUAUUCCUGAUACCACCUAUGGCCCUUUGUCAACCCUCUGCAGGGUGAAGGGCUCCCCCAUUCCAUUUCUGAUGUGGGAGAUUGACCAUUCUUCACCACGCUGGUCAAAGCAAGUAGGUGAAAAGGGGGCUGCCCAGGACAGGUUCAGAUUUUCACGUUUCCACUGAUGUUAGCCGUUGCUAGGUAUCGAUUUAACAUUUGUCGGUUUAUAGCACAUUGUGCUAAUUGCUACGUCACUACUCCCCAUAAAGAUAUAACAAUGAAAUAUAUACACAUGCGUCUGUAUAUGUGUAUCUAUAUGUAUAUAUAACUGUGCCUAUGUGUAUAUAUAGUUAGAUAUUUAACUAUAUUGUGCUGUAUAUGUGUCUGUAUACGUGUGUGCAACCCAUAUUCGUAAUAUUUAUUAAAGUGUCCUAAUAAUGAGCUCCCACAGCCCAUGUGACACAAAUAAAGCACCUAAAGCCAGCCAAUAUUUUUUCUAAUUAUAUAUUUUUUAUUUAUCUCACCUUUUUACAAUGUUAUGUUUGUACUAAUUGUUUCUUUCGUGACCCGUCCGUGCCAAUUAUUUGACGUACUUUGCUCUACGUAAUAUUUUUCAUUUCCAGUUUUCAUUGUUGCCAUGUAAACUCUCGAUAUUUGCUGUAAAGAGGGGCUCUGCACGUUGCCCGGCGAGGUGGCACUCAAGCACGAGCGAAGGGUUCGAUUCAAAUCCUCCCUCUUUGAGAAUUCCAAAAUUGUUAUUACAUUAAUACUCACCAGGACAAAAAAGUUGACUUUCAUCCUGAAGUUUUGGGAUUGCCCCCUCCCCCCCCCCGGGAAGCUACUUUAUCCACCUCUGAACUUAAGCCAUCAUCCCUCCUGUAAGGAUAAAAUUAGUACCACCUUAUGGGGAGUCAGAAGUGGAUAAACUUGUGUUGGUGGGCAUCUGCUGCCAUGGGAAUGUCGCAUUUGCACAACUAGUUCAGGGCUGUCAGUGGAGAUGAAACAUGGGGGACACUGGGCCUUCGACUGCAGACUGGAUUCAGGCCUGUCCUACCUGAAGCCAGACAGCACCUCUGUCACGCUCUGUAAGGAGUUGUGUGCCACACGCGAUGCUUUCCGUUUAUAGUUUACUACUUUUACCAAAAACAGUAACCCUCAGAGCUGGGAUACACCAAAUUAGAUAGAGAAAUGUGACAUACAGGUGAUACUUCAGAAUCAAAAUAUUGAUUUAUCCUGGAAAAAUCCGUUGAGCUAUGAAGCUCUUUUUUCACAUGUCCCGUACGGGCGGGUAAGAACGUGACACACUUGGAUAGAUACCUCCCUGAUUUCUAAUGACUCCAUUUCAACAGGUGAUUGAAUACUGCAUUGUGCACGCAAUUUAUCCAUAUCUUACAGAGGAGAGUGCCAAUAGAUGGAAUAUGCCUACUGAGGGUUGGUGGCAGAUUUCUAGAGGCUUUUGAAUUUAAAUGUUUCUUUCUUUAAGAUGUAUUCCCGACUAUUGUAGUGAGGCGUCUAUAAAUGGAUCGCCCUGUAUGCGUAAGAUACACUAGCGUCAUUUGGGCAGUGUUUUGGCAGAUAGGCAAAGAUGAUGAGGCAUGCUCCACUGGAGAACUGCUUCAUCGCCGAUCAACAAAAUUAACUGAACACAUGCUGUGAAGAAUGGACAAUUCCUGAAACGUCGCCUAUUAUAUAUAUAUUUGUUGUUCUAAGGCCACAGUGUUAUUGGCGAAGGUGUUACGAUUUUUUUUCUUUAUUUAUGUUUGUGCACGACUGCCAACUCUGCAGCAGCUGGAACAUCACCGAAUAAUUAGUUGUAAUCGACCACCACUGGCUGCCAAGAUUUCGAACCCAGAAUCUUGACACCGCAGACUCAAUUCAACUGAUACUGGAAUAUUUAAAUGAUUCACAAACGUGGGAAUGGACAAGUGCGCGGCCCCACCGCCGAUGUCAGCAUUACACGCUCGUGCUGGGUGAAACAUGACAUCGCAGUGGCCUCAUCGGGAUGGUUGUCAAUGAGAUGGAUGCCUUUUGAUGGUCUUGAGUACAUGUGGAGUCGCCACCUGUCUGAGAAUUGGCAUCUGUGUUCGGGUGGCAGGAAUUGAUUUGUUCCAAGAUUCGAUACUGGACUUGUGUUGAACUGUUACAGAACACUGCACAGUUUUAAUAAACCGAGAAAUCAUGACAAAAUUCAGGAAAGAGUUUCCCCUGUCUGGCAUUAAGCAGGUGUUGCGAUGUUUCAACACCAAAUUGAAACCUAUUGCAAGGCAUCAAGUCCAGUGGUGAUUUUUAGAAUGGCCAGGCUUUGCAAUGCAUCUGUUAAGCUCUAAAUAUAAUGUAUUGGAUCGUGAUGCUGGUAUCAUUAUACCCAUAUUUAUGCUCCUGUUAAUCAUGGGUAUUGGAUAUUAUAACCCAGCAGCACUACGUCAUACUCUCCAACACACACGCACGUUAUCUGCCGCUUAUCCUGAAUGGUGCGUUGAGGAAAUUGGUGUUGGCGUGUGACAAAUAUUCAUGGCCAGUGUGGCACUGGAGUAGACGGUGAGACCACUGCUACAUAAGGACACAGCCGCAUUUGUAUCACACCCAGUGCAGUUGUGAGCUGCACUGGGUGCUCAUUGGAGGAUGAGCUAACGUGCGGAGCGUGGUGGAGCUGCGGCGUAGUGGUGAUGGGCAUUGUACUACGAACCUGGCCCCCACAGUUCAAUUCCCGACCAUGGCUAACAUCGGUGGUGCGUCAUGUCUGAACCGAUCCUGAGCCUGUCCCUGCCCUCCCCAACCCCAUUAGCCAGCGUGAUGAAGUACGGUCAAACAACCACCAUGACUGACAUGCUGAAUUCAUCCACUCGUGGAUUGAUGGGGCUGUUUUUUGUAUAUAAUUUGUAGUCCACAGGCCAGUGCAGAAAUUGGUUCCACCGAUCGAUUUAUUUUACCUAAUAGUGAAUUACUUGAUAACCCUAUUAAUUUCAAGUGGUUUUCACGUAAUUCUCUGUUAUUGGCCACACGAAGAGAUUGUAACCACUUACAAGUCAUGCCACCUCCAGGUGGUAUCGGACAAGUGGUACCAUUUGUCCUGGGCUCACCGACUGAUAUUGGGGGGGGUGGGGGGGUCGGCUAACCUUUGUGUGGUGCUGGCGAUGACGCACGUUCGCGUGCCGGUUCCAGCCGUAAUGAGCACCCACUCGCCAACGCCACUUGAGUCAGACGACUCUUCCCCCCCCCCCCCCCCCCCCAUCAAUAGAAUGACUUUCAUGUAUUCAGUGUACAAGAGAUGCGCUGCAUGUGUACGCACGGUACCUGAUGGGACGUAUCAUAGGCGCCGUGUAUUUGAAGUUGAAAUUAUUCUUUGAAUCAAAGUUCUAAAUUGUUUACGAAACACCUUUGUUGUGAUCAGCGUACAACCGAAUGGGCCAUGUUUUAUGCUCUGCCAUAAAAAAAUGUGAAUGUUUUGUAACGGCAACAACAAAAAUGUGUUGAUGCACGGUUUUGCAUUGCUGUACUUUGCGUUUGAAUGUAUCUUAUUAAAGGCAAUGUAUGAAA